AUGAGGCGGCACCUCCAGCUCGUGCACCCUGCAAAAACACGCAAGGGGGCGAACAAUUUCACCGUAAGCCCCCCUGAGGCCCCUCCAAGCUGCACGAUCGGUUAUCGGGGGGGUGGGGGUUACUGUGUCUUUAAAGGGGUGUUGGUCGACGGAGAGGUAGCACAUAGGUUUAAUUUAGUCGCAAGGAACACGGAGUACGCUUCUUUUUUUUUUUUUUUUGCAAGGGUUGUUCACUUCCGAGAAAAGCAGUUGCCGCGCGUGCAACCUGCAACCAUGGGAGAAGAGGAGACUCGUCAGAAAUUGCUGCGCAAUGUGAAGAAAGAGGUGAAACAGAUCAUGGAGGAGGCGGUGACGAGGAAAUUUGUGCACGCCGACAGCAGCCACAUCGUUUCAUUCUGCGCUACCGUGGAGGCCUGUGUGCUGCACGGGCUGAAGCGGCGUAUCGCGGGACUGCUGUGCAGCAACAAGGUGGCGGCGCUCUUCAUGAAAGUGGCCAAAAGCUUCACGCCUGCAGAGCAACUUUGCCACAAGGUCCAAGAGCUGGAGCAACUGAUCGAAAACAGCAAACAGAACAAUUCCUCACAGGGCAACAACGACUGCGGCCGACAGACCAAGUUGAACAACCUUCCACCUCAAGCCCUCAAACAUUUGUGGAUCCGAACGGCUUUACUGGAGAAGCUACUGGAUAAAAUCAUCCUGUAUUUGGUGGAGAACUCCAGCACGUUUUACGAGAAAGAAGCCAUGCUGAUGGAUCCUGUGGAUGGACAAAUUCUUGCAUCACUAUUGGUCGGUCCCUGCGCGUUGGAGUACACCCAAGUCAAGACCGCCGACCAUUUCUGGACGGACCCAUCAGCUGACGAGCUCGUACAGAGGCACCGCAUCCACAGUGGCCACUGUCGACAGGAUUCUCCCUCCAGGAGGCCUGCCUUGAUUCAAAAGAGGCAGUCCAGUGGCAGCAUGGACGACCGCCCUCUGGUGUGGGCGAGAGAGUACGUGGAAUCCCUGCACCAAAAUUCCAGAGCCACGCUGCUUUUUGGCAAGAACAAUGUCCUGGUGCAGCCGCGGGACGACAUGGAGGCCAUUCCCGGCUACCUCUCCCUGCACCAAACGGGAGAGCUGAUGACACUCAAAUGGACGCCCAAUCAGCUCAUGAAUGGCAACGUGGGGGAGCUGGAUUCUGAGAAGAGUGUUUACUGGGAUUACGCCAUGACGAUUCGUUUGGAGGAGAUAGUCUAUCUCCACUGUCACCAGCAAGUUAACAGUGGCGGAACCCUGGUGUUGGUCAGCCAGGACGGUAUCCAAAGGCCCCCUUUGCACUUCCCCAAAGGGGGCCACCUGCUCCAGUUUCUCACCUGUCUGGAGACGGGCCUCCUUCCUCACGGUCAGCUGGACCCGCCGCUUUGGAACCAGAGAGGAAAGGGAAAGGUUUUCCCCAAAUUGCGGAGGAGGAGCCCGCAUAGCUCAUGCGACUCGGUGUCUGAUAAAGAGGAUGACGAGGCCACGGAUUACGUGUUUCGGAUCCUCCUUCCUGGCAAUCAAAUGGAGUUCAUGCCCUUAGAGCUGAUAGACCAAGGUAUGAAUAUGUGGCAACCGCCACCCAGGAAGUCCUCUGGCUCUUCCUGCUCUCAGACCGGAUCAUCCGAUAGCUCCUUGCCGAGUGGCUGCAAUCAGGAAAGGGCUCCUCUGAAGCUCCUCUGUGACACCAUGAAGUACCAGAUCAUCUCGCGUGCAUUCUAUGGAUGGCUGGCGUAUUGCCGUCACCUGUCCACCGUUCGCACCCACCUCUCUGCUCUGGUCAACACCACCAUAGUCUUCUCUAAAGUGCCCUCGGAUGCGCGGGAAGGUCUCUCUGCCGACGUCUGGGCCACGUUUCUCAAUGACAGCUCUGCCUACGAGGAGCUUGAGAUACACAGACUGGUCUAUUUUGGAGGCGUGGCACCUUCACUGCGCAAGGAAGUCUGGCCCUUCCUGUUGGGACACUACCGGUUCACAAUGACAAAGAAAUCGAGGCUUGAGAUUGAUGAGCAGAUGCGUCUCAUGUACGAGCAGAUCAUGAAGGAAUGGCGAGGCUGCGAGGCCAUCGUGCAGCAGAAGGAGCGGGAGAAACACGCGGAAGCCCUCGCCAGGUGUUUGUCCGGCAACAGUGUCGAGCGAGCGCCGGUGGUGGAGCAGGACUCCACCAUUAGCACAGAUUCAUCUCUAUGCAGCAGCUCAGAUCCGCACAACACGCACUCACAAAGUGACUCCAGUUGUAGUGCACCGGUGUUUGCAUCAGUCGAUACUGUGGAUCCCCCAGAGAUGAGGCCUGAAGGAGUGCAAACGGAGCACGAGAGUACAACAAAGGGCAUCUCAGCUGCUCCCUCGGUGUCGAGCAACCCAUUCUGUGAGAAUGUAUCGAAAGCAUCACCAGCUUGCGACAGCUACCUUCUUUUAACGGAGCCCGCUUGUAUAUCUGCAACCUCUCAGCAGUCUGCGAAGGCAUCGGGCAUCUUGAGUGAGGCAUCGACAGCCGAAUCACUGCCAGGGAUAGUCAAGGUGCUUGAGUCAGUGCCAAAGGAGAGCCUAUUAGCGAGUGAAAAGAUGGAGAGGAACGAAGCCGAGGAGAAACCUGAAAACACAAAUACCGCAAAUGCAUUCAUUGAACGAAGAGCGCCACCGGACAAUACCGAUGUUAUUAAGCUGGAAAAAGAGAUUCAGAAUGAGUAUUUCCAAGCCCCACCACUCGGACAGACCCUUCAAGCACAAAAUAGACACGAUCAAGAAAAUGAUCCAUCUGAAAAAAACAAUAUCACAACCAUCGGGAGAGAUCCAGGGACUUCUGAAAAAGAAGAAGCAUUUGACAGCCUGCGCUCGCAAUUGUUGACGGCCUGUCUCUUGGAGGUAGACAAUGCAGAGUCGGCGGAUUCGGGAUCGUCUGAAGCCAGAACUCUGUCGGGCUGCACAAACUCACCGGUCAGGCAAGUACUCGAUGCUCUCCAGUCGGCAUCCCGCGGGAGCCUUUCUCUAUCGUCCCAUACUUGGCAGUCCCCGGAUUCCGAUGACUCUCCUUCCGCUCUGGAGAUGGAGGACAUUCCUUCCGGGGUGGCUUGCGUAAACCUCGAAGAACUGAACACCAGGCCCUUGACGAUACUUGCGGCCCCGCCUGCGUGUCUGGCUCAGAGAGCCAAGCUGGCAUGCGAGGAUCUCGUGGACACCGCUUGCAACACCAGUCCUGAGGACACCGACCAAGGGCUGUCUGAAGAUGAGCCCGAUGCGGCAAACCCGUUUUCCGCACCAGAAUCUGCUAAGGUGGUCGCAGAGUCCAUACGGGAAGACUCGUCGGCUCAACAAAUCUACUCUCAAGAGACCAUGGACAUGUACCUAAUCAACUUGCAUCGCAUUGACAAAGACGUCAGACGUUGCGACCGCACGUAUUGGUACUUCACUCCAGAAAAUCUGGACAGGCUGAGGAAUAUCAUGUGCAGCUACGUGUGGCAACACUUGGACACGGGUUACGUCCAGGGCAUGUGCGACAUACUAGCUCCCCUGCUGGUUAUCCUGGACGACGAGGUGAUGGCGUUCAGCUGCUUCACCGAACUGAUGAAAAGGAUGAACCAGAACUUUCCUCACGGGGGCGCCAUGGAUUCUCACUUUGCCAACAUGCGCUCGCUCAUUCAGAUCCUGGACUCUGAGCUGUUUGAGUUGAUGCAGCAGAAUGGCGACUACACCCACUUCUACUUCUGUUACCGAUGGUUCCUACUGGACUUUAAAAGAGGUGAGGCGUCAACCCGAACGUGGGGCAGGAUCCUUCUCAAGCUAACAGCAUUUUUUUUUUUGUUCUAUCGAGAAAUGGUGUACGAUGAUGUUUUCUCCGUGUGGGAGACCAUCUGGGCGGCGGCGUACACCACUUCGGAGCAUUUUGUGCUUUUCAUCGCACUGGCGCUGGUGGAAAUGUACAGGGACAUCAUUUUGGAGAACAACAUGGACUUUACUGACAUCAUCAAGUUUUUCAACGAAAUGGCCGAGCGACAUGACAUCCCACGGGUCCUCACAAUGGCUCGAGAUUUGGUCCACAAAGUGCAGACGCUCAUAGAAAACAAGUGAAUCUGGACUCUGUUCUUCAUCUGCCAUUUCUGUUUUUGAGUAUCAAGUUAAAAAAAAAGUGUUAAAUGUAGUAAGGGUCUUAAGUGGUUAAACCUGAUUGUCAACUGAAGAUUUUCAGUCGCUCCCGUCACUACUGAGAGGUAAAGGCCAGCAGAUUGAUUCUUGAGUGUUAAUGUUCACCUUGUGAAUGUACCUGUGUUGAAACAGCUUCAGGAUGUUAAUUUUGCCUUAAAUGUUUCCAUCUUUCAGGGAUACAAAGCGUAAUUUGAAGGCAUACCUUCCGAACGGCAUCUAACGCUGAGCUGGUUUUGAUCAGCAUACCUGUAAAGAAAAAAAAUAGGGGUGGGGACAAGCGAUGGCUGUGUGUGGCCAAGAUGUGUGCCACUGGUUGCCAAUUUGUCUUUCAAUAACUUCUGUUGGCACCCGUCUUGAGUUUGGAGAAGAUCCUUGGUGCUUUAAAUUUUUUUGGGUUCUGUUCUGGUACCGCUUGUCUGCAAAAAACAUCAUUCCGCAAUUGUCAUUUUGGUACUCGCUUGCCCUUUGAACAGUUUCAAUUGAGAUGAACGUCGACAAUUCAUUUUGAGACUGCUCACUUUGUGCUGUACAGCGUAUUCGUACAUUGACAUGCCAUUUUCACAUCUUUUCAGCUGCUCUUUGAGAUGUUUCUGGUUUUAAGGUCAACUUACCUUUCACUGGUAGCUUCGCAGUGGUUUGUGGCCAUACAGUUACAUACAUAUGAAUCCUUGUUUGAUAGCACCAGUGUUUCAUAUUCAUUCGUUGUCGCCAUGUGUUCCUCUGAAACACACCCCAUGUUGUUGGCUGCUGUGCCCCCCCCAAAAAAAAAAUCGCUAAUCCAAUGUGAGACCCAUUGCACCUUUUAAAUCCUGCACAUUUAUCAAAUGCAAUACAGUGUCUAUACGUGGGCUUUAUCUGACCAUGAACGGAGUUCAGAAAAAAAAUAUUCCAUUGAAGACAAAUUUUAUUGUUUUCCUGUCUUAAAAAUGUGACUUGUUAGAAUAUAUUGUGAAUUAAAAUAUUAUAUUUUGCA